AUGCAGUCGCGCAGGAGGAAACGCGGCAACAAGAAGGAUCGCGUCGCGUUGGGUCCUGCGGCUACCUCUCAUCCAGACGUCGAUGUUCCAUCUGUGAAGAAUGCGGCUGACAGUGACUUCCCUGAAGCAGGGAGCAAUCCUCCCAUCCGAUCCAUGAAUAUGAAUACAUACGGCCCUCAGCAAGCGUCACGCCAGACACCGCGAUUACAAAACACACAAAAGCCGGGCUUGGGCGGCAACAACGCAGGAGGAUGGGCAUUCGGGCCCCCUUCAUCGGGAGGCUUCGGAGGACUAGGCGCCGCACCGGGACUGGGACAAGCACGGCCAGGACAGCUAUCGGGCUUCGCGCAGGUCAUGGGAGGAGGUAGUGGGCAGGGUCCCAUCGACAUGAGGUAAGUCUUCACUUUCGUUUUCCACUUCGUCCAUCUUGGAGCAGGCAGCAGCGGCGGCGGCAGCACGUGGACAGAUACAACAAACGGCGGGCUCUUGGGGCGGUGCAGAAGUGAGGUUUCUGUGGAAGGAGCGACCCUCGUUUCUGGCGUAGAAGCAGCGGGUUGCAUCAUCGCCGCCGCUUCACUGCGGUGCAAACGGCGGCCAGAACUUCAAAACAUAAGAAGCCCGCUGCCCCUCGACAAAAUUUCUUCCACGCCGACACGCAUUCGCACGGAACAUCAACUUCGAACACUUCUUACUUCCACACACAUACUUCUCUCGCUAUUUUGGCGCUAUUCGCUACCGGUCACUGGGGAACCUGGAUCUCUGGACUCUGGACUGCUGGAAACCCCUGGAUUCUGGACUGCUGGAUCUCUGGACUUUGGGCCGCCACGCCCGCAUCGCACCAGUACUUCUAUCGAAAUCUGCGGACUGCCAAAGCCGUCACCAGCUGUCUUCUGCCAAUUGCCAAUUGCCAGCCUGCCAGCCAGUAGCCGCCGCGACUGCGGGCAUCAUGAAUCGUGGUGUCAAAGUAGUCAAAUGGAACGAGCUUGACUACGAGUCUGACUCUGGUUCCGACUCCGAGAUCUCUUCAAUGCAUGCUGACAUUGAUUCUUCUAGCGACUUCCCGUCUCUCGGCGGCCAGCAGCCACGCGCUCAGCAGUCCACCAGUGGUUGGAACAGCAGCGCCAUCCGCCAGCAACAGCAAGCCCAGGCCCAAGCCGCUCUACCACAAGCUAGUGCUCCACAGCCGCAACAGCAGCGCGCUCCGUCUGCUACGCCCCUUGAUCAGUACGAUGGCCAGAGCGCCCCGCAGCCCCCUGCCGACCACAGCGGUAGCGGUAAGACAUUCCUCGACUCAAGCCAUGUCCAUCAGCUGACAAGUCCAUGACUACAGGCGAGGAGUUUCCGCCACUCAGUGGUCAGCCGGGCGGCGAGCCUGUGAGGUCCGCCAACGGCUAUGCUGGUACCAUCGAGUCUCCAGAUCAGUCGAGUCCACAACCCAGUGGCCCAUCGGCGCAAUUGCCUAUCCGCGAGGCAGCCUCCAGCGGCACAAACCAGCAGGCGCCAAUUGGCUCCAAUCAUGCUUCGUCGGCCUCUCCCGCUCAAUCUGUCUCGCAACAGUCGCAUCAGACCCAGAGUGGUCACGGCAGCUAUCCAGGAGUCUCCAAGCCCUGGGCUGAGAUGACCGAGCAGGAGAAAUACGGCAUGAUGGGACUCCAGAAGCGGUUCGAGACUAUUGAGGCGUACAAGACUGGCCGUCCUGGCGACCCCACGUUACCGCCUGAAGUUAAGAACCCCUGGAUCUGCGUGGGACAUGACAUGAGCGGUAUCGACGUAGAGCUUGAACAGCCCGGCCACUCGCUCCACAAGACCUUCCACCCUUUCCCAGACCUCGGUCAACUGAAUGCUUCGCCUUUCAACAGCAGAGCACGACAGCCGGUUCCGACUUUCGAGCUGCCACCUGCCUAUUCGGUCAAUAAUGUUCCGGAUUCUACUGUUAGAAUGCCGGCUUUCGGCGAUGGUAAGUGGCCAGUCCGUACGUGGGUCAUGUAUCACGCAUAUUGAUUUUUUCUGCAGAGACGCUGUUGGUGAUCUUCUACGAAUCUCCGCACUCCGCCAAUCAAGACUUGGCUGCCAUGGAGCUCACCGCUCGCGGUUGGCGCUACCACAAGGUCCUUCGUGAAUGGCUGCGACAGGAGGGCCGCGAGGGCAACAGCUCUGGAAACCCACCGCUAGUCGACCUUGCGCAGGACUAUCCACCCGGCACUCCCGCCGUUCCAGACCCAAUGACGAGGAUCGAGAAGGGCAUCUACAUCUUCUUCAAUCCUCCAAAGUGGCAGCGUGAGCGCCGCUUCCAUUUCCUCAACUACGACGAGCUCUGCGAUCGUCACGUCUGGAGCGGCACGGAAUUCGUCAGCCCAUUUCCUCCGGUCGGUGGCCAACCGAUGCCGAAUGCGAUGGCUACUGGUAUGGGCGCAAGCAGAAUGGCAAGCAGCCAAAUGGGAGGCGCGGAUCCACAGGGUUCUGUCAUGUCUGGCGCCUAGGAGGCAAUAGCUUCACAGGGUCUUGAUGCGUCUAAGUCUCAGUCUCGGCUUCAGUCUGAGCUGCAGUCUCUGCUUCAAUCUCAGCAGCAGUCUCAGCAGAGAGACUUCGACCGAGAGCGUGCUUCGAGACAGAGUCAAACUGCCGUGCCGCCGACUGCUUCCGGUUCCGGACCGACCCGUUCUGCGUACAGCCAGCCCUACUCUGCCAGCGCAGGCCCAUCUGGCACGCAGCCAUCCUCCAACCGCGCAGCUCCAGUCAACACCACUGAUGUCACCGAAUCCGACUGGCUCCCAGGUUUGGGUACGGUCCGUCCCUCAUCCCGCAACAUCACGAUGAACCAUCCAGUCGUUCCUCCAGGCUUCGGCAACCCCGCUCAUGGCCGGAUGAAUUUGGCGGGCGGCGGAGGGUUCUACUUCGUGAAGAAUGUCUGGGAUUCGAGCAUCAACAAGGACACUCCUCUCCCAGAGGAAUACAAGGGCAAGGGAAAGGGCAAGGCUAAGGAGAAGAAGUGA